AUGAACUUUCUCCUGCCCCAGGAGGUGUGGGAGCAGCAGAAUAACAUUUUGUACCGAAGGACAACAAGGUUAGCUGAAAACAAGCCAGACCUGAAGAGCUUCAUGGUUGGAAAUGAGCUCGGGCCCUGCGGCGGCAGACACACCCCGGGGCGCGGCGGGGGUCGGUCUCCUCCGCUCAGGCCCGAGCCGCCCGCGUUCGAGGGCUCUUCCCUCGGCUUCCGGAGACGCGCCGCGGGGAGGGCCUGCCGCGUGCCGGGACACAAGUCUCCGGGGACAGCGGCCCCGGCUGCGCGGCUGCGGUGGCGCAGACGAGGGCCCUGGCCGGCAAGGGCGCCGGCUGUGAUCAGAGCCCUCUGCAUUCUCGGUGCCCCCUUCUCAAGCCGCAGCACCCCCAAGCCGCCGCCGCGGCAACCCCGAAAGCGGGGCGCGGCCUCGCGCGGGUCCUCCCGGCCGCUGGGUGGGACCGGGCGCGCCCCCUUCCCGCCGGGGACGGUCGCCCUCCGGCUCCGCGGGGAGAGACGACGUCCCGGGCGAGCCCUCCCGGCGCCUCACCCGCCCCAGAGGCGCCUUCGUUCGCUUUGUGAGUCCGCCGCUCCGAAGGCCUCACGCCUCCCGCAGACUGAGUUCAGCGACCGCUUCGCCCUCGGCCUGGGUGGGCGCGUUCGGUUCUCCCCGCCGAGCCGAGCCACCCAAUUUGACCUAAUUCCUCCUUCUCAACGAAGCGUCCUAAACUGCCUGUUAGAAUUGAUCUCUCCCUGCUCGGUUUCCCCGUCGCCUUUUUGGUCUACUCUGAUGUCUACCGCAGUGCUGUUGUUAAGUCACCUGUCUGACCCCAGGCUCCGGUGCGAGGCCCUGGAGGACAGUGGCCACAUCUUUGCUGCGCUCAAGCAGAUCUUGUAAGAACGCUUGCUACUUACCGAAGUGACAUUGCAGGAAUGCACUAAGUCUGCAAAUCGGCACAAUCUAGGAAACCAGGUUGUCUCCAGCUGUGUCUCCCCACCACCGGGAUCAUAAAAUGGGCACUUUGCAAUUCCCCACUCAAUUCUAUUCGUGCGUGAAGCCUCUCUGCAUCAGUUAAGCCCACAAAAUAAUCUUUGAGGGCCCCAGCUAGGACACGGGAUCUGUCUACACCAGCCACGUGAACUGGUCAAGAAGAGAACAGACAUGUGGCCCUUGGCGUUGUGCUGGGACCAAGCUGAAGCCACGACAGUUGGCUCUCUCUCUCCUUACCCUGCAAGAGAUUCUUCAAUGCUUACAGAGAUGUGCUUCUCCUGGUGUUAUCUCAAUUUCUGAGGAGAUAGAUCAGUCCCAAGGAGCAUCAACAGCCCCUGCACGGGUAUGUCACCUGGCAUAGGGCCUUUGACGAGGACAAGCCAUCUAGUCCACACAGAACCGGAGCACAGGCUGAAACUCCAAGACGAGAUCACGGUUUUCCUGGAUCUCACGCCACAGAAAAACACAGAAGAAAGAGGAACAAUACUCGGGCAAGAAUCUAAGGAAAUUCU